AUGAAUUCCCCCCAUCUCCAAAGUGCAUCCGCUAGGCCAUCUAUAAGUUCAAUGAACUUAAGUGAAAAUCAGAAAAUGGCUCCACGACAACACACGACAACUAUGGAGAAACUCUCUGGCGAUGUUUUAUCGAACAUAUUUAUCAGGUUAUUCGCAAAACAGCUUGCUCAAAUGAGGUGUGUCUCUAAAUCUUGGAAUGCUCUCUUAUCUCGAUCCUCCUUCAUAAACUCCCACCUCCAUCGUUCUACCCAUAACAACAACGAUAAAAUUCUCAUGUUAUUCCGCAAGGCAUGUGAUUUUGGCUCUGAACCCAUCACAACACACCCUUCUCCAUCUCCCCAUGUGGAACUCACUAAUUUCAUCAAACUCCCUGUUAAUCUUAAUUUUGAAGGCGCCAGUGUUAUUGGAUCUGUUAAUGGCUUACUAUGCUUGAAUUGCAGAUCAUACAGUGGUUCUGGCCUUCAUAUUUGGAACCCAUCUCUCUCCGCUGUUUUAGCUAUUCCACCAUAUUCUAUGUCGUCUCAUGGUUAUGAUCAGAAGGAAACUCUUUUCCGAUUUGGGUUUGAUCCCAAAACUGAUGACUACAAAAUUGUUAAGCUUGAAGCUCUUCUCGAAACAGAAAGGAUCGACCUAAUUUUGGUAGCAUUUCUUGGUAUUUCUUUAAUUUCGGUUAAAGAGUGGCUACAAGUCGAGGUCUAUAGCAUGAGAAAGGGUUCAUGGAAGGUAACCACUCAAAGGUUUCCAUCUCAAAUCACUGGGAUUUCAAUAACAGAUGAUGUUUGUGUAGAUGGACAUGAUGGCCAUCUUCAUUGGCUUUGUUGUAUUGAUGAGAUUGGGAAGCAACAAAUAAUAGUGGCGUUUAAUUUGGAUGAUGAGUCAUUCAGUGAGAUAUCUCUUCCGGAUUUUACUUUAGAUUCCAGUUCCACCCUAUCUUAUCGACAUAAUGUUUUAGGAGUUUUAGGUGGAAAGCUUUGUGUGAUGUCAAGAGGUGGAGGAGUACUUGAAUGUGAGGUGUGGGAGAUGGAUGAGUAUGGGAAUGGGAUGGCUGAAUCAUGGGUCAAACAUCAUGCUUUUUCUCAGUUUAGUAGUGAUAUAUUUCCAUAUGGAUUCACAUUACAUAAUGAGUUUCUUUUUGUAGCUUACAAUGGUCGCCUAGCUUUGUAUGAUCCAAUUGAAGCCAUGGUUAAAAUCUUCAAGACAAUCGAUAGAGCAUGUUGUGUGGUUAAAGUUGUUAAUUAUGUUGACAGUCUUGUUUGGGUAGCACCUUCUGAGUGUGACAUCAGCUCUUGCAACAUCUCUCGAUUGCCUAUUUGA